AUGGAAUAUGUGCUGGUGAAGAGUCCAGCAUCAGUGAGGCUCUCUGCACUGGAGAACCAGGCAAAGGAGGAAGGAGGAAGUAUGCAGGACAGCAGUAGCAUCGUGCUUCCAUGGAGCAUCAAAGUGUUGCUGCUGGGGAUGUGUGCGCUGCUGGCACUGAGCUCAGCUGGCUUGGUGUUCCUACUUUUUCAGCACAGGGAGCUGACAGAUGAUCUCGUCAGGUUGGACGCCCAGAUGCAGGUGCUGUCACAGAGUUGCAGCUUGCAGGCGGGGAUCCUCCAGACCACCGGCCCUGCUGGAGAGGCAGAGCUCCUCCACCGCAGCAGAAGGAGCCAGGCCGGAGAAGCAGCACGCCGCGAAGAGCAGGAGGACAUCCUGAUGAUGAUGACAUACUCCAUGGUUCCUCUCAAAGCUUUUGUAGACCUGUGUAACAGAUCCAGGGGAAAUUGUUUAACAGGCCCACCUGGACCUCCAGGUUUGCCUGGGCGAGAUGGUUUGCCAGGACCACGGGGUGCGCCAGGACAGGAGGGGAGACGAGGAAGAAGGGGAGCCCCUGGUGAAAAGGGAGAGCCAGGACCUAAAGGAGACACUGGGCCACCAGGACAGAAAGGUCCUCCGGGUCGUCCAGGUCCACCUGGUCCUGCAGGCCAGCCAGGGCCACCUGGCCCCUCUGAGCCCCUGGAGGAAACAAGACCUCAGACUUUCAGAGCGCACAUCCGUCAAACCAACAUGUCUGUGGAUUCACCACCACCACAUGCAGCUGAUGACGACAGCGACGUCUGGAAUGUGACUUAUGCUGAGAAACUUCCAGGCACAUCUGCCUCCUCCUCUGCACACCCAGAUCAAAAGGAUGACACAUUUAAUGGAAGUGACAAUGGAAAGAUUACUGACACACCCAUGAAAUAUGCCUCAUCUCACCCACCAAAGAACAAGGACAUGUUGAAUGACACCGACUCAAACAGCUGGACGAUGAGGGAGUGUGUUAUCCAAACUAUAACCUGUUCUGAGAACAUCACCAACAUGCAAACAACGUAUGGAGCCUGGAUGUCAGAUGCAGCCCGUUUCAAUGAAGACCGAUACUGGCUGGCAGAGCAUUUUUCAGGUCGAAUGUUACUGGAAUACCAGAAUGCUCCACUGUUUCUGAAUACCAGCAAGAAAAUCACAGACAUCAAGAUGUUCUACCAGGGCUGUGGUCACAUCAUUUCCAAUGGAUCUUUUUACUUCCACAAAGCAGGAUCAAACCAGCUCAUCAAGUUUGACCUUGAGACCGGGAGGACAAAGGCUGUGAAAAUUGAAAACUCCAGAUACAAUAAGCUGAGUUAUCUUUUCAACAACUCAAAGACGUAUUUCAAAUUUGCUGUGGAUGAAAAUGGACUGUGGGUCAUCUUCGCAUCAAGCAGUCAUGACACCGUGAUGGUUGCUAAGCUAAAACAGGAUCCAUUCUCUGUGCAAACUGUCAUUGACACUGCCUACCCUAAAAUGAAAACUGGAAAUGGCUUCAUUGCACAUGGGAUACUUUACAUCACCGACGUCAGAGACAGAAGAGUCACGUAUACCUUUGAUUUAAAGAAAGAGAGUUCCUUCGGUGCAAGUUUUGAUUUGAGGCUGCAUGAUGGCAUCCUGACAAUGCUAUCAUACUAUCCGAAAAAGCAGCUUUUGUAUCUGUGGGACAACGGGAGUGUGAAAAACUGCAAAGUUAAUUUUAAACUGGAUUAAUAGUGACUACAAACUUUGUGAGACAAUGUGUAAAAGGAUUCCUGAGGUUCAAUUUCAUGAAACAGGCCACUGCAACAGUUUGUUACAGGACUUAAGUAACAAAGUUCAAACUACACAGGCUGGUUGUGACAAGUUUGUGAUCUAUUCAUCAGAUCAAUGGGAUUUCAAGAUUAAAUGAAACUUUAGUAAUCCUUGGGAGAGAUUAGGUCAUGGCAGCAGCAAACAACAGGAUAUGGGUUUGUACAUAAUACAUAAAUAAUUAACAAAACAAAAAA